AGUUCCUGCCCGAGAGCCCAGGUGGGCCGCUCGGGCGGGGACUAGCGCCGCGGCGGCGGCGGCGCGCUCCGGUGCCAUGGCGGCCAAGUCCCCCAUGGGCAAGAGCUGGUGACGAGGGCUGGCGGUGACGGGGCCCGCGCUCGGUGCUGGUGCUCACGGUGAUGGGCGGUGGAUCGGAGUUGCCGUGCGGAGGGCGCUGGUGCGGCUGCUGCGGGGCGGCCACCUGGGCGCCCCCUCCGGUGCUGGGCAUCAUCCUGCACCAGUGGGCCGUGCAGACCCUGGAGGUGCCGGUGCCUGUCCUGGGGUUGUCCGCGGCGGAGGGUGCGCGGCGGGGGCAGCAGCUGCUCGCCCUGGUGCGCCGUGGGCCGCCUGCGGAAGAGGUCGGGGCGGUGCGAUCGGCCGAGGCCGUGUCGACCGUGGCGGCGCCUGUGGAAGGCCGCUCCGGUGUGCCGCUUGUGCAGAAGGACGCGGAGGAGAAGGAGUGGAAGGUUGUGACGGGCAAGGUGAAAGGUCGGCGAGGCGCGCGCUGGGACGAAGCGCAGGCCGUCGCCGACCGCUCGGCUGCGCGCUGGGCCGCUGAGAUGGCCGAGCGAUGCGAGGCCGAGAGCCGGGCAGUUGCAGCUGGUGUGCUGCAGCGCUGGGUGCGCGGCUGGCUGGGGCGGCGCGCGGCCGCAGCGGUGCGGGCGGCGCGCGACGCUGGGCGUGCCGCGCAGGCCCUGCCGGCCGCGGAGGCCCAGCCCGGGAGGCACGCGAGGCGCGGCAAGGAGACCAAGGGGGACGCGAAGGGCGACGACGCCCUGCUCGACGACGCGAUCCUCCUCGCCGCGCGCGAGGCUGACGAGCUGGCACGCGCCGCGGCGGACGCCCUCGUGGGCGAGGUGCGCGUGGCGAUCGUCCCGUUCGUCGUGGCGCUCACGGCGGAGUUAAGCGCGGACGCGGUGAGGUCUGCGCUCUGCAGGCUCGAGGCGGCGGCCCGCUUGGAGAUGGGCGGCCUGGACAGCCCCAUGGAGGUCACAUCGGCCUCUCGGGGCAAGUGGGUGGUGAGGUUCUUGGACGGCGAGUUCGUCGACAACACGAGCGACUGGGUUACGGUCGUCUGGCGGGUCGAGGACGAGCUCGGCAGCAAGGACGCCGGUUGAAGGACGGCAUGGGCACGUCCUACAGGAAGUUCGGCUUCCUCACGGUCGGGGGCCUUGCCUUCGGGCGGGCCCCCGUGGCCAGGGGUCCUGGCCGUGCGGGCCAGGACCCCUGUCGGUGGGGGCCCUCGGGAGCCCCUGCGGCGACGGCCCGCGGCGCGUGCGCGCGCGCGGGCGCUCUGGGGGGUCGUGGUUCGACUCGGCCCUCCUGCGACGCGCGGAUCAUCCCACUCUCCCUCGUUCUUCC